UAAAUGUUAGCAAUAAUAUAAGUAAAUAUUUACGAAAUGAACUUACAUGAAAGUAGUUUUAUAACCAUUAAGCUAGUUAAGUAAAGGAGAAAUACAUUUUUAUAGGUUUUAUUAUGUGUGGAUUUUACAAUGAUUCACAGUUUGCUUAUCAUCAACCAUUCAGGGGAUAUAUUUCUGGAAAAACAUUGGAGAAGUGUUUUGGGACGCUCUGUUUGUGAUUAUUUCUUCGAAGCUCAAGGAAAGGCUACUUCUCCAGAAGACAUUCCUCCUGUAAUUGCAACAGGAUUCAGUUAUCUUAUCAGUAUAUUUCGCCAUGAUCUCUUCUUUGUUUCUGUUGUUGAAAAUGAAGUUCCACCUUUGUUUGUGAUUGAAUUUCUUCAUCGAGUGGUUGACUUGAUCAAAGAAUAUUUCUCUGACUGUACUGAAACAAUCAUUAAAGAAAAUUGUGUCAUUGUAUAUGAGUUAUUGGAAGAGAUGUUGGAUAAUGGAUUCCCUCUUGCUACAGAGUCAAAUGUCCUUAAAGAGUUGAUAAGACCUCCUAGUAUAGUUAGAAAUGUUGUUAAUAAAGUGACUGGAGAUAGCAAUAUGAGCAGUCAUCUCCCAACUGGUCAAUUGUCCAAUGUUCCAUGGAGGAGAACUGGUGUAAAAUAUGCAAAUAACGAGAUUUAUUUUGAUGUAGCCGAAAGCAUUGAUGCCAUCAUUGAUAAACAGGGCUCCACCAUAUUUUCAGAAAUACAAGGAACUAUUGACUGCAACUGUAAAUUAUCUGGCAUGCCUGAUCUCAACAUGUGUUUUACAAAUCCUCGUAUCCUUGAAGAUGUCAGUUUUCAUCCUUGUCUUCGCUUCAGAAGAUGGGAGUCUGAACGAAUUUUGUCAUUCGUCCCCCUGGAUGGUCGUUUUCGUUUAAUAUCAUAUAACGUGGCAACCGGAGUAAAUAUGCUACCAUUGUUUGCGAAGCCUCGUGUCUUGUUUCAAGAGGGCGGAAGUGGAAAAUUUGAAUUGUCGAUAAGUUCAAAACCAGUUAUGGGUAAAAAUAUCGAGAAUGUUGUCGUGACUGUUCCAUUUCCUAAACAAGUUCUCAACCUUAACUUGACUACAAACGUUGGUACCUAUUCAUUUGAUCCAAUCAAAAAAGAGCUUUCAUGGGAGAUCGGUAAAAUACAAUCUCAGACACCGUCACCUAACAUCAAAGGAAAUAGCAAGAUCUCCCUUCACAACAUUUUUUGCUCACAAAGUAAAAUAUCUUUAAAAAGCGAUGUUCCACCUUCGUAAGAAACACCAACUGAAUUCAUAAAUUUCAAAAUAUAUUCAUUUGCCGCUUUGGGAUUGAAAAUCGGUUGACUGGAUGUACAUGGAGAGAACUGCAAGCUAUUAAAGGAGUCAAGACACCACAGCUUUCAAGACGUGUUACAUGGCUGCUUUAAGCAUAUGGAGUUGCUGGUCCGAACAAGAAGUUUGCAUUCCACUAUUCAACGUGGCUUCAAUUCUUUCCGUUUUUCUGGUGUUACUUGGGUACUUAGAGCGUAUGCAUUUCCCAAACGGAAAUUGAUUGGUAGUCUUGACGGUCGUUACGGAUUUACCUGCAAACAUUGGCUCAUAGAUCCUGCCAAUAGAGGUUUCAUCUCGUUUGAGAGGAAGAGAGUUUUAGAGAAAAGUCGUAUUAAAAAAAGCAAAUCAUGACAACAACUUCCAUAAACUUCUAGACAAAAGUAAGAAUAUUAAAGCUGACGUUCACAAGGCUCUCCAAAGUUGCUCGUGGCUUAGUAGGAAGUAUGGAAUAGCUCGCCCAAACGAGAAGAUGCCGUUUCCUCAUUUGUAUGUCACAGUUGAUUUUGAGAAAGAAAUUCGGAGGCUGCUAUCAAAAAUGAGAUCGAUGAAAAGUUAAAAUGGAAAGCAUCGAAAUACAUCGAAUUACGAUCUAAACCAUUGAAAGAAGCAAAGUUUCGAAUGCUGUCUAAAAUUAUAGCGCAAAGAACCGAGGGUAGUUUUGGAACAUUGACAAUGUUCUGCCUUAAGAAUGAUAUGUACUAUGCCUUGACCUGUGUUCAUGCGGGUGUUGUCAAUAAUUUGGAUGACCGUCAACAAGACUUUUGUGGCGGAGUCCAAUUGAUGGAAAUCCAAGAAUCUCUAAAUGCCACAGUUAAGGAAGAAAGCAUGAAAUACUUUUACAACAGACAACCGAUUGUCCGUGUUCCGGACCAAAGAGAGUGUUGUCUAAUAAAGAAGUCGAUAUUAUGUACAUCGUCAUUGGUAGGGAGGAAGAUUUUCAGGAGCUUGCUGUAAAUAAUCAGAUGACUCUCAAUUUAGAUUUGGAUAUGCAGUGCCAUACAGGCCCUCACCACCUGCAUUGCAUGUGAAACAUCCAACUCCAAUGUUCUCAAAAGACAUCUGAAUCGACUACACAUCAAUACAAAUGCAUUUUCGAAAAUUCUUUGUGCUCAUGAAAGUCUAUAGUUAAAAACUUUCUCAUCACCUAUUGCAGUCUGGUGUGGAUAUGGCUUCAUUAGAUUUUCAUUCAAAGCAAAUGCCUCAUCUCCAAGCAGAAAGUAAGGUAUAGGCAAUAAUGUAUCUCUUAGUUCUUCAUCUUGUGGGAAAUAGCAUGUCUUGCAUAUGUUUUUAAGGUGACUGUCUUUAAAAAUUCUUCCAUCUGACUGGUUGCCAGGGGCUUCAAGAUCAAAUGAGAUGAAUUUAGCAUUUGCAUCUGCAAUAGCCAAGAGGACUAUGCUAAAAUGUUUUUUAUAGUUAAAGUACUUAGACGCUGAGUUUGGAGGUGCACACAAUUUGAUAUGUUUACCAUCAAUGUUGCCAACUGCAUGGGAAAGUGCCAUUUGCAUAUAAAUUCAUCAGCAAUGUGUAACCAUUGUUGCUUUGUAUUGGGUGGCUUUAAGUAUUCUUCCUUCAGCACAUUAUACAAAGCUUCACAGACCUCAGGUACAAUUUUUGAAAUAGAUGAAACUGAUAUUCUGAAACUGUACAUCAAAUCUUUGUAUGAGCAUCCUGAUGCUAAGAACUUUAAUGUUACACAAAAGCGAUCAUGAACAGAUAUAGCAUCUCUCAUAGUGGUGUUUUUCUUUGCUAUGAAUGGUGUUAGCUUUUCACAUAGCUCAUCAAACAAAAUGGAAUCCAUCCUUAAAAGUAGUAAAGAUUAUAAUUUGUAAAUAAAAGUAAAGAAAAUAAGAAAAUUUCAUUAUUAAAAAAAGAACGUAAAAUAUGAAUUGAUUGUACAAUCCA